AAAACAAGAGCCCAAAAAUUAAACCAAUGGGACCCAAGACUAGAAAUCCCCGCUCUCUCCCCCCAAUUUCAAAACCCUAAUUCCGCUGCUUACAAUCCCUAAUUAACCACAAUGGUGAAGCGAACACGCGUCGGAACCGCCUCCACUCUCGCCGGCGACACUGACGUCAUCAACUACGUCGCCGCCACGCCGCAGCCGUGGCAGUACUGCGUGGCGCCAAUGCCGAAUGCGUUCAGUCAAUUGCAAAUUGAGCCGAGCUCUCAAGCGAGUAGGAUUUUCACUGUGGAGGCUCCGGCGAAUGUAGAAGUCUGGCGUGACGGGUAUGAUAAGAUCGGAAGCUUUCUCGAGCACUGUUUUUAUUGUAAGAGGAAGUUUAAAGCGGAUGGUGCGGUUUUUAUGUAUAGGGAGAAGGCCUUCUGCAAGACUGUCUGCCGUGAGAUCCAGAUGAUGGGGGACAAUAUGAAGGAGAGGUUAGCAGCAAAACGGAAAGUGGUGGAUUAAGAGAAGAAAGUGCAUAGUUUGAUGGUGGUUUUACUAAAAAUUUUAGAUAUAUACAUAUAUAUUUGGUCCCUAGUUACCAAUUUUUUCUAUUUUAAAAUUGCUAAGCUGGCACAUUUUUCCGACUGGCUUGCAUUUAAUCCAAAUGCUUUCUAGUUGAUUCAGCAUUCAGGAUAGGUAUUAAAUGGUUGAUUUUAUGGAUUUGGUACAGUUUUUUCUGCUGGUUUAGCACAAUUCGGUUUGCUCUUCUUUUCAUAAUUGUGCUAUGCUUUUUUUUUUCCUUGAUCUCAACUCGCGGUAGGAAGUACUUGUAUAUUAAUGCAUACAUGCUAUCGUCAAGUUAAAGUUGGUGAAAAUUCCCAUUUAACUUCUCA